AUUGCCCAGGUCCUGCUUCGGAGUCUGCUGGGAAAUCUGGUGCUUGUGCUUCCGCCCAAAGGCCCUGACCGCCUGACCCUGAACGGAGAUGGCAGAAGAAGAAAAAAGCUGCCCGAUGGUGGUGACGGAGACCACAAAAUACCAAAAGUGCCCCUCCCACACCCCCUAUUAUCCUUCACCCCCUCGAAUUCCGGUCAAUAAAUAUGGCGACACACCAGGUGCCGCACUCCGUUCGUAUGCUGUCACACUUCCGCGCACUGCUGCACUCCGCCGCAUCGGGUACUUGCAUUUCUUCAUUAUUUUCAACAAACCAUUUGUUUACUAAUCCAGAUCUCAUCUCUUCAAUUGAUUCUAUUUUGCUUGAGUACUCAAAAUUGGAAGCUAAGCGAGGGUGAAGACUGGCAACAAGGUUUACGACGUACUACUGAACUUAGAAGGUACAUUACAGAUAGCUCAUAAAAGAGGAUCAUCAUAUUGUGCUGCAACCGUAAUUGUGUUGGCCCGGAUAUAACGUAUCUUGGAUUUCUUUCCUGAUAAAAUUAAUCCAAUAAUACUGGUAUGGAUCAUCCUUCUAGGAAUAAUCUACCAGCUACAGCAGAGCGUCGGUUGCCACAAAAUGCUAUGAGUUGUAGUAGUUGUGACUUUGGUGAAUCUAGCUCUAAUGCCAGCUUACGUGAUCAGAUUUCUGGAGAUGUUCUAAAGAUGGAUCCAGAUAGGCCUCUCUCAUACAGGGCUUCUCUGGCUGGGACAAGGCCAGAAGAUUUUCAACAGGCACCAUCUAAUAGCCCUGUUCAUGAAGGAGUUGGUGCUGAUCUAAUUGGCGGUCAGGUAAACUGGGGACCUUUGAGUAUACAGAAUUCAGGUUCUGAUGCUUCUCCUGUAAAUGGAAAUUCAAAUGCUAGAUUUUCUGAAAUUAACGAAAGCCAGCUGCAAUGUGUUGGAGCAGAUGCAUGUCCAAGUCUCUACAAAUCAAGCACAGUAGAUACAAGAAUCACAUCUGCCAGUAUCUCAUCUGAUGAUGUCGGGAACUCAUCUGAAAGAUCCAGUUAUCAUGUUGGUAAUGAUGGAACAGGCUCUUCCCCAAGAAGUUGGGGUCCAUCGUGCAAAAGAAAAGCUCCGGAAGUUACUUCUCAACCUUGUUCUAAUGAAAAUUCAGGCUUAUUUCCGCGAGCUAAGAACACAGUUCUUGGAACUGCCCAUCAUAAUGCUUCUAGCAGCUUGAAUAUAUCUGUGCAGGCAGUUAGAUCUCAGACAAGGAAUUCCCUAAUUGUUGGUUCUUCUGAACAAGUUAAUACAGUACAUGAGGUUGGUAUGGGAGGUACACCUGAUGCUAUUCCUCCAAGUGUUGCAGGAAGUGUGGAAAACUUUAACAAUGACUUUGGAUCAAGAUUUGAUGUAGAGCAUCAAGAACUAAUUGAGUCCGAUUCACCCUCAGGUGGGAAUUCUAUUAGGUGCCCCAAUGUUCAAUCUUCCCACCCCUCAUCUCAACACAAACCUAAUGAUUCUUCAGACUUUAGAAGAGCAACUUUACUACCUACUGACUCAAGCAGUUCCUCAAACCAUUUAAGACCAGGUCCUAGUCUAAAUAGAAAUGCACCUUUUACUUGGAAUGGUAACUUCAAUUCAAGGACCAAUAGUUCGCCAAACUCUCCUGGACAUCCUCGAGAUAGAGGUGCAGGAUUAAGGAGAGAAGCAAACUUGAGAGGCAACACAAGAAACAAUUUAGAGCAGCUGAUGUUUGUUCCAGCAACUGAGACAAGGAAUCUAGUUCAAGUUCCAACUCCUGCGAGUAUGUCUAGUGGAAAUUCAAGCAGCUCUGUCAGUGUUGCAUCUAGUGGUCAAACCAGCUCUAGUUCACGUCUAUCAGGUGGGACCCAGUAUCCAUUGAGCCUACCAGAUUUUGCUCGGACUCCCUUUCCAUCUACUGAAUCCAUUGAGGCUUCUAGAUUUUCCCCACAUCAGUUGGACGGUUCCUCUCCUGAUGAAAGAGAGAUGCCUUCUCUAGACAGUGUCCAUCCUCAACCAUCUUCAAGACAUGCUUUAUCAAGAGAGGUAGAGGGUGUUGAUGUGAAUGUUCGGAGUGCUUUAGCUGCAGAAAUUCGUGAAAGGCAUAGGCUAGUUUCAGAGAUUCGUCAUGUCUUGCAUACAAUGCGGAGGGGUGAAAACUUGCAAGCUGAGGAUUAUAUGCUCUUCGAUACAUUUAUAAAUGGGGCUGGUAUCUUGCAUGACAGGCACAGAGAUUUGAGGCUCGAUGUUCAUGACAUGUCUUAUGAGGAUUUGUUGGAAUUGGAAGAUCAAAUGGGCAAUGUGAACACAGGACUGAAGGAGGAAACCAUAAUGAAAUUACUGAUACAACGACACCACUCAUCUGUUACAAUAGAAGACCCGUCGAAAAUAGAGCCAUGCUGCAUAUGUCAGGAAGAUUACAUCGCUGGAGACUCUAUCGGGACACUGAACUGCGGACAUGAUUUUCAUACCAACUGCAUUAAGCAGUGGUUAAUGCAGAAGAACGUGUGCCCCAUUUGUAAAACGAUGGCAUUGCGUACUUAAUAUCUUUCCUUUCCUUUUUUUUUUUUCUAUAAAUUUUCUAGACACAAAUUUCAGACUUGUUGUGAAUGAUUAUGUUUCCCCUGCUUGUUGCUUUGCCAUAACAAAAACCUCCAUCACAAACCUUUCUUCCUGAUACUCAUAAGCAACUUGAGUUGAUGGGAAGGGCGAGGAAUUGCAAGUUAUAGCAAAGACGAUAUUCAGUAUUCAGGAGUUUGCCUUGUGAUUUUAUACUGACUUUUGUUUGCAAGAAUAAUGUUUUAUGACGUAUAAAGUCUUUGGAGGAUAAUGUUUUGUGACU